AUGUCCUUUCCCCCCCCAAAUCCCGGCGGAUAUCCGGGUAUCCCCUGGGAUACCCGAGACCAAUGGCCGGCUGGAAGGGUUUCCUUCCAGCCGGCAAUUCUCUUCGCUCUCCAGGUUCAAACAGGAGAAUUGAGAAAUUUAACCAAAGCAACCACGCUCAUUCGACAAUUGCCUGCCGUGAUUCAUUACCUCAAUAAUUCCGAACCGCCAAGGCUAGGAAAACACAUCGGUUUAUAUCUUCAAUUGUUCCUGCCCAAGUGUGGUAUCAGGUUCUGCAAAACUGAUCGCUAUUUGGUGGGUCAGGUGGCCUCUACGACAGGCUCCCCAUCCACCUGCACAUCCUCCAUCUCGCCCAAGCUCCACUCCCGCCCGCGACACGCGGUGGUCAAGGAGCGUCAGCCCAAGCCUGCCAGUCGACCCAGGAGAAAGCCCCGCUCAUUCCCGGCCGCUCUCGACACGCCCUCCGAGCAUUCUGGCUCCCUCUCCCCCGUCCCUACCCCUCGCCUCAUCCCCAGCCAUCGUUCUAAUGACAACAUCCCCCGCGACAUUCAGCCCAAGGACGACCCCGCUUCCUCCGCCAAAUCUCCUUCUACCAACGGACAUAGACUAUUGGUCUCGAGCAUCGGCUAA